UAGUAACGCUGAGAGCGCGUGAAGAACACCGACAUGAUGGAUUUAACUCUCUUAUCGUCGCUGCUUUUGAUUUUCUGCUGCUUUUCUGCCUCAAACGCCGCAGGUAGAGGGCGGGGGUUCAUUGCGGUUAUAGACCCUACAAACACCAACCAGGUUGUUGUGGACAAGGCGACGUCCGACGCGCUGAAGAGUAACCUCACCACCGUCUUCCUCCCCAUCGUCUACAUCGUGGUGUUCGCCGUGGGGCUGCCCACCAACGCCCUCGCCAUCUGGGUGUUCCUCUUCCGGACCAAGAAGAAGCACCCGUCCUCCAUCUACAUGGCCAACCUGGCGCUGGCCGACCUGCUCUUCGUCAUCUGGGUCCCGCUGAAGAUCUCGUACCACUUCAACGGCAACGACUGGACGUACGGCGAGCCGCUGUGCAAAGUGAUGGUGGGCUUCUUCUACGGCAACAUGUACUGCUCCAUCCUCUUCAUCACCUGCCUCAGCGUGCAGCGCUACUGGGUGGUGGCUCACCCGCUGUCGCAGCAGCGGAAGAACAACAAGGUGGCCGUCGGCGUCUGCGUGGCCAUCUGGGCGUUCGUGUGGCUCGCCAGCACGCCGCUGUACCUGUACGAGCACACGGCCGCCAUCAAGGACCCCAACGUCACCACCUGCCACGACGUCAGCGUCAUCCGGGACGCCCUGAACCCGUUCCCGUCCGUGCGCCUCCCGUACUACUACUUCGUCUUCAUGGGUCUGGUGGUGUUCCUCGUGCCCUGCGUGGUCAUCGUCGUGGCCUACGUCCUGCUGCUGGGCGCCCUGGGGAACAGCAUGGGGGACGACACGGCGGCGAAGAACCGCCGGAGGGCCGUGGUGCUGAUCGCCGUGGUGCUGGUGACGUUCCUCGUGUGCUUCGUCCCCAGCAACGUGAUGCUGGUGGUGCACUACUCGCUGCUGAAGGACGGCGUGGCGGACAACGGCUACGGCUUCUACGUGGCCACGCUGUGCCUGGCGAGCCUCAACAGCUGCCUGGACCCGCUGAUCUACUACUUUGUGUCCGAGGACUUCCGGAACCACGUGAAGAACACGCUGCGCUGCCGGAGCAGCCGCACCGUGGAGAGGAUGAGGGUCUCCUUCAGCUCCAUGAAGUACUCCAAGAGGAGCAAGUCGUUCGUGUCGGACGGCGGGACCACGCAGAGCAGCUCCUGUUGAGGCGCGAGGAGGUCCGCGGACGCUCUGGGGGCGGGGCCUCGCGCCUCGCACUCUGGCGCAGAGGAACCGCGGCGUCAUCUCGCGGGCCCCGUGGCACCGAGACCCCGGUAGACGGGUCUGUGGGGAUGGACACGGGGCCCGCCGGCCACACGCAGGUAACCUCAGAGGAACUCUUUAACUGUGAAGAUGGGUGAGCCGAGCACGUUUUAAAACUUCAUUGUGUACUGUUGUUUAGUGUUGAUGCAUUGAAUACAUAUUUAAUUUUUUUAAAUGUAUAAAUAUAUGAGUGGAGAGAAGGCCUGUUAAAGACUGACGUUUUAGUUCUGCACACAAUGUGUGACUGCACUGAAGACCAUUUAAAGCAAAUGAACAUCUGUGAUUGGUCAAAUGAACAACUUUAAUAUUCAUUCCUGCUAUGCAUGUCUUUAUGGCGUCAUCUUAUUUGUUAAAAAAAGCAGUUUGCCACCGUUACAUAUUUUUUUUUUCCAAUAAAUGACUAAAACCACA